GGAGGAGCGGGCUCGCGUGGCGCGGCCCCCUGGCCCCGGCGCUGAUUGGCCGGCGGCUCGGGCAGCAACGGGGCAGGCACGCUCCUGGCUGGGGCCGAGCAGAUAAAGCGUGCCAAGGGGCACACGACUUGCGGCUCAGAAAAUCCGAGUGGUCUCGCAGCCCCGCCAAAGACAGCAACGGUGGCCCGGGACCCCCUUUGCGUUUCGCUUUCCUGGAGCUGGGGAAACUUCAGGCAGCGGCGCCCGCUCUCAGGCGGGCUUGCAGACGAAAAGGCCAGUUCAUCUCACCAAUUGCUCUUGCUGCCCACCCCCGCCCUGCUCUCUACCCUUUUGCGCGGGAGAACAAGGAUGACGCCUCAUCCCUCGGGUGCGCCAGCUGUCCAAGUGACCCAGGAGACAGAGCAGCCCUUCCAGGGCGUCUUCGACGACGAAGUGACCUGCGUGGCGUCGGCUCCGACGAGCCCGGCUCGAGUGCGGGGGAACUGCGCGGACGAGGAAGGGGGUGGCUCCCAAGGGGCCUCGAGGAAGCUCCGGACAAGACGCGGGGGACGCAGCCGGCCCAAGAGUGAGUUGGCUCUGAGCAAGCAGCGACGGAGCCGGCGCAAGAAGGCCAAUGACCGCGAGCGCAAUCGAAUGCACAACCUCAACUCGGCCCUGGACGCACUUCGCGGCGUCCUGCCCACCUUUCCUGACGAUGCCAAGCUUACCAAGAUCGAGACGCUCCGCUUCGCGCACAACUACAUCUGGGCGCUGACGCAGGCGCUGCGCAUAGCAGACCAUAGCCUCUACGGGCUGCAGCCACCCACACCGCCCUGCGUGGAGCUGGGCUGCCAGGACGGCGGCUCCCCGGGAGACUGGGGCUCCCUCUACUCCCCGGUCUCCCAGGCGGGCAGCCUGAGCCCCGCCGCCUCGCUGGAGGAGCGUCACGGGCUGCAGGCGCCUGCCUCUCCGGCCGGUCUGCGCCCCAGCUCCUUAGCUCUUUCAGACUUUCUAUGAAGGAGCCUGUCAACCGCUGGGUGGUGGGUGCUUGGCUGUGGGUGGGGGGCCACAGGGGCCGUCAGGGAUGCACUGGGGCUGCAGCAACCCCAGGGCGAACUUUCUC